CGCGUCACGCGAGAGGGAAUCCCUGGUGACGUAGGGGGAACCCCGGCGCGCGCCCCCCGCCGCCUGCCGCGCGGGGUCCUGCUCUCACCCCCCCGCCCCGCCCUUGCCUCCCAUCCCGCUGCCUCCCGCCGCCUGGUCCCGCUUCGCGCGGCGCGGCCGCCCCUCCCGGCGGGACGGGACGGGACAGGACGGCGUGGGAGGUGAAGAGGAGGCAGGGGCGGCGACCCCUUCCGGCGACGGCGGCAGGCAUCCGCGGCGGCACCGCGCUGUCCGGUGGGGCCGUCGGGAGGCGCGGCGGGGCGCGGAGGCGGGGCGGGACGGGGCGGGGAGACGAGAGGCCCCGCUCGGGGAGGACCGUUAGGAGCCAGAUGUUUGGCAGCGGUCGGGGGAGGAAGUCGCUGCCGGGACUCUGAGUCCCGCCCAAACUGCGCCGGAGCAGGCAGGACCCCGCCAUGGCCCGUACGGCUCCCCCGGCUGUGCCGCCGCCUCCGGGGCCGCCGCCGGCCCGCGACUCCCUCAGCCUUCACCGCGCCUACCUACGGAGCCCGCUGGGCUUGCUGCGCCUGGGGCAGCUGGCGCUGGGCGCUGCCUUCUGGGUGACGGUGGCCGCUCACAAGUACGAGGGGGCGGCCCACUUCGCCCUCUUCGCCGCGGUCCUGGUCUGGCUCCUCACCCUGGCACUCUUCGGGCUGAGCCUCCUGGGACGCUGGGCGCUGGUGCCCUGGCUGGGCUCCCGCUGGCUCCUCACUAACCUGGUGCAUGACCUGGCGCUGGGUGUGGGGCUCUACGCAGCCGCCACCGGCAUCAUGGGCUACAAGGCCAGGCAGAAAAGCUACUGCAACCUGCCGGGCUACAGCCAGCACUGCCUCUACGGUGCCUACCUGAGUGCGUCCGUUUGCGGGGGCAUCGCUGCCUGCCUGUACCUCUUCUCUGGGCUCUACUGUCUGUCACGACGCUGCCGGGACCAACGCGACAUCAUCUGAGACCCCGCGACACUCGGCUCCCCUUCUCCUCACCCGCGGGUGGAGCGCAGCCCUGCUUUGGGACAAAGCGACCCUGCCGCCCCAUCCCCUCCCGGCUGACUGCACCACGCUUCCUCCAGAGGCUCCUGCACAGAUGGAUGGACACAGAGGCCUUCCCCUAGCACGGCUUCCCCUGCGUCCUGCCAAGACGACGUGGACACCCAACUGCUGCACAAAGCCUCUCUCACACCCCCGGACAGACUUAGGCCGUUGCAAGUGGAAUGACUCAAGCAGAGACCCCUAAGAGGGUCCCCAGUUUUCAAGAACCCCCUGGGGCCCCUGCCCAACUCUCCUGCUCCUGGACUUGCAGAUGCUGCAUGCUCAGGUGGGUACCAACCUGUCCCCAGGGUAGAGGGUGGCCUGGGGGAGCUGAGCAGGGGCCAGUGGUGUGUGGUGGGGUUGGGUAGGCAUAACCCCACCACACCCGACACGCUGGCAGCCCCCUCCUGCUGUUCCCAGCUGUGCAGUGUCUCUGCAGCUCCCUAAAGGAGGCUCUGAUCUCGAUUUCCCCAGCCUGGGCCCCUCCUCCUGUCUGGCCUGAACACGUCUGCCGUCUUGCCGGAGCCCUGCAGGGUUCAGCCCUUCCCUGCCCCAUGCUCUGGGGGUGAGGAGACACCCUGGUCCCGCACAGCCUGACUCUGUGUCACCCUCACCCCCGGCCCCUGGGCAUGCUGUUCCCAUUUGGGGGCUGAUCCCACACAGCAAGGGCAGCAAGGCCUCUGCUGCUGCAGGGUGAGAGGAAGGUGAGGUUCAUGGCUCUGAGCCACCCAGAGCCCCCAGGCCUGAGCCGAGGCACAGCUGCUCCAACACAGACAGGCACGGCCUCGCCGAUGGCGUUGGAGACCGACCCACGGCUCUGCUUGGCUCUGCCACUUGGUGCAUCCCAGAAAGCUCUCAUCUGGAGACUCUCUGGCUCCAUCUCGGGGCCCCGCGCUGCCCGGAGGCUGUGGCGAGGCGAAGAGGAAGGGUGAGUGCAGCAGCAUGGUGGUGCUGGGCUGCUGCUGGCACUAUGGCCCCCGGGCAGCUGGGGUGAGGCGUUGUGGGGACAUGGCCUAUCUCGGGGAGUAGGAGAAGAGGAUGGCAGCAGCAGGGCCAGCACAGUCUGGAUCAGCCUCCACAGCCCACCAAGCGCCAAUCUCUGAGGAGGCCGUGUAGGGCCAAUGGGAGCAAUGUGCGGCCAGAGACUGAUAAUUUCUGGAGGAGCAUCGCACCGGGGCUGCCCUGCCACAAGCACUCCUCACCCUGCCUGGAGGCAGGUCCUCUCUGUUGCUCCUGGUGUGAGGGGGGUCAACCCCGUCUCUGCGUGGGCUCAGAUCAGCAGGACGUGUCCCCAGCAGCUGUCCACGAGCCCUGGCUGUUGCCUGGGGUUUCUUAGUGCCUUAUUUUGGUGUGGAGAGCCACAGCCGUGGUGCCCCUGGGGCUUGGAGAAGUCUGGAAGUGGCACUGAGUCAGUGCUUCCACCAUGAAGAUGAUCCCCGCUGGUGCUCAGGGGCCCUGCCAACCCCUCAGCCGCCUACCCCUGGGCAGGAUGUGUUGUCUCUGCCCUGUGUCAGGGCUGGUCCCCGACACUGCCGCCCCUGCCUGCUCUGAUGCAGCCCCUUGCCCAGGCUGCCCAAUGGAGCUUCUGCCACCACAAGUGCCUUUCCUCAGCUUUCCACACCCUCGCCUGUCAUGCCAGCCCUGUUUCCCUCAAGCCCACUCUCCAGUGCCUAUGGAGUCACUUUCUAAAUAAAGCAAUGUUGGCGCUCA